AUGCUCGACCAUGAAACCAGACCAAAUAAGAGCAGCGACCUCAUCAUCAAGCUGCUCAACAGUAUCACUAACAGAUACCGCCGGAUAGACGUUUAUGAUGAGGGGAGUGAGUCGCCCGAGGAUCUUGAUGACGAGACGGUAUGGGUUCAUGAUAACUGGAGAUACGCUAGAGGGGAAGCACUGUCAAUCGGCGAAAUCGACAACCUGAAUGCUCUCCUCCUUCAAAUGGAAAACCUUGUUCUACCUUUGUUACAACAGCAGCUCAACGAAAUGUUGGAAUCACUGAACCUGGAUGAUCUAUCUGCAAAAGUUCAAAGUCCAAAUCUUUUCUAUGCCCCAGAGAUCGUAUUCCGACUCGGCCAUACCGUCGAUCAAAUUGCACGUUUCGUCCAGUCCAUCGCCCCGAUUGUCGUGGAUCCGAUGCACUCAUACAAGAAGAACGAUCACGAUUAUGGUGGUUUGAAAUUCUACAGGACCGCUGAUCUGAUAGAAAAAGUGAAUGACUUAAUACAUCAACAUGUCCAGACUCUAAUCGACCACCAUGUCCGGUUCAUUCGAGCCCGUUCAAAUUAUCAUCAGAUCGGUUUUUACAAUGAAUCCGAAUUGAUUUUGCAGUCACGCAAUCUCAUCAAAGCAACAGCACAAACCUCGAAAGCAAUCGAUCAUAUUAUCAAAUGGUCCAAGAAGUCCGAUUUCAGUAUGCUCCAAGACGACUGUCUGAGGUUUGCAAAAGAUCUCGAUCCCGUUCUGGAAGAGCUCACCAGACGAAUCUUCUUGCAAACCCGGUUAGAAAAACGACGCAAAUCGAUUGAUGAGGGACAUACCAAUCGUCUUCGAGCUGAGCGGGAAAAUGAACAUGAAGACAUUGGGCCGCAUAGCAACUCCAACAAUCCUCAAGAUAAUCAAUCCAAUACUAGACGUUUGACUGACUCAUUCGAAGAGAUCUCUCCAGCACCGCAACUCAUUCAGCUAGCCAAGACGACUGUACCCAUAAUCAAAAUACUCAGAAUAUUUUUCAACAAACUAUCAAACACAUCAAUAACUAAAGCACCAUUCACGAUGAGUACUCGACUGUGUUCCAACGAGCUCAACCCGAUGGAUUACGAAAUUUGCUCUCUCGAUUGCGGCAUCAAAAACCUUCUGAAUACCAUGUAUAAAUUGCAUGAUAGUCCAAUGGAGGCGGACCAAGUCAGAUAUCUUCAGAGCUCGGUUGACGACCUCGGUGCUCAUCUUGAUGCCUCGCUAACCUUACUAUCUUUCCAUCUGAUACCGUUGAGUGAGGCUCAGUAUAAUCUUCCUAGAUCUGUUAAUCUCUGUAAAGCUUGGUUUCUUACUUUAAGAGAGUAUUUCCAGGAGGCUUCUGACCACUUUGGUCAUGCUGUCUUCCAGGUGAGAUAUGCUAUGCAAAUCUAAUCAAUCUGUUGGUAAUCAAUCCCUUGUUGUGAAGAAGCCUACAUUUCAUUGGAAGUCAAAUGACAAUAAAUCCAUUAUAUAUUUUUAUCGAUGGAUUUACUUGUUUCAAGAGCUCAUAAAGCAAGCCUUGAAAGCAGACAUAUAUAUGUAAUUGCGCCCUCCCUCUUGACAUCUUCCACUCAAAAAAUG